UUCUACUACUAAAAACUUGCACCUGCAGAAAAUGAAGUGUGAUCGUUGAAUUAAGCAAAGUGCCAAAAGAAAGAAAUAAUUUUUUAAGAAAUGCGGAUAAAAAUGAUGAAUUAUAUUGUAUAUUUAUCGCUGAUGACAGGAUUAAUGUUGUCACUGAAUUAAAGUAUGAAUAAUCAGAGUAUAAGUGAACAAAUAUCAGCAACAAAAUAUGAAAAUCAAUGAUAGGUAUGAAAAGACAUUUGCAUCAAUGGUUACUUAAACCAAUAUUAACAGACAAAUAAUCCUGAACAUUUGCAAGUACUAUUAGUAAUGGAAGAAAGAGAUAAGAUUUUAGAAGACAUAAAAGAAGCAUUUCUAGCUCUAACUGAGAGCUUUCUGGAACAAGGUGCAUCAUUGGCAGACCUUAAGUCUGUCAAUGUAAAAAAUAAUAGAAAAAAUAAGAGAAACCUUGUUUCACAUUAUAUGUGUUCCAAAAAGGUUUUCGUUGCCUUAUUUACACCUAUAUUUUGUAGCAUACUUUUUAAAUAUUUAUAUAUUGAUAUGAUUAAAAGCAUUCAUGGAACAAGAUGCUUAAUAUCAAAUAAUUAUUUCAUAUGGGAAUUCACAAGGCCAUUAUCAAAUUGUGAUUAUUGUCGGGAUGUUACUUCAGCAUUGAUCUUGCCAAAUUUAACAAGAGAAGAAUUUAAACAAUACGCCUACUCUUCUAGGCCUAUGGUGAUAAAGCAUGCUGCAAGUCAUUGGCCAGCUUCUAAGGUAUUUAGCUGGAAAUUCUUCAAAGAUUUAUAUGAGAAUAUUGAUGGUGCUUAUGAUUCAGUAGAUGAAUGUCAAUUCUUACAUUUCAAAAGUAAUCUCACUAAUUUACGUGAUGUUUUUGCAAUGAGUGAAGAAAGAGCUAUGCAACUUAAUGGAAAAGAUCCUUGGUAUGUUGGUUGGAAGAAUUGUGAUUUUCAGGUUUUAGAUAUCAUGAAACAGUACUACGAUCUACCUCAUUUUUUGCCAGAAGAUGCAGAGGUCCCUUAUUCCAAUUAUGUGUUUUUAGGAUAUGAAGAAGGUGCUGUUAUGCAUUUGGAUUACAUUUCACGUCUCAUGUGGCAAGGACAAAUUAUAGGCAAUAAAACAUGGACUGUUGCUCCAACUCCAGAAUGUGAUAAUGUUUGUACACGUUUUAAUUUUACUGUUUAUGCUGGAGACAUUGUCCUUUUAGAUACAAGAAUUUGGUAUCAUGGCACUUAUGUUAGAGAUGGAAACUUUAGCUUGACAGUCACCUCAGAGUAUGGAUAGACUUUUACAUGUAACAAGAUUGUAUUUAUACAAUUUUGCAAACUACAUAGAUAGCAUUCUAUGAAGUUAAGAAU